GCUAGACCGAUAUCUCAACAAACCUUAGAAAGGAGGUGCUUUCUUGUGAAAGAUCGCCCGAACGGGUAUACUUCCUCUCGCUUUGCAGUCUCCGACCUUGGUAAACAUCCUUUGCCAAAGAGGUUUAGGUUUCUCAUUCCUCAUCCCUUGCUUGUUCUUCAUCGUCAGGAAUCUAAGACAGGCAAAUAUGUCCAUUUCUUACGAAAUUUCUUUAUCCCAUCGUAUUUUGGCUUAGCUGGUAAAUACCCGAUUCCUAUUCCUUCCGCUUUCUUGCUUGUUUCCCGCCCAGUUGACGACCCAGACUCUGCAACCCGACUCCUGCUUAUUCUCAAACCAGAAAUGGAAAUCUUUCUUUACCGGAUAAGGAAAUGGGAGAUCGACGAAAUAAAGGAUUGGAUCCACGGUAAUCCCAGAUCCGAAGGCUCCUGCUUGAGACUCCCACAGAGCUUUUCUUUCCAUCUUUCCGAACCAAAGAACAACUCCAAACCAAAUCCUUCUUCUGAUCCGACCCCAUUAGAAAGAACAACUCGAAGAAUGGCUGCUUUCUACUUGCUUGCCAAACCCACUCCUGCUAUGCUAUUCUUGGCGACCAGGACUGGGCAAUUGACAAGACCAAGAGAGAGGACUGACUCGUACCUCUUU